AUGUUACGUUUUGGUGAAUUCUUUCAAAGCUUUGAAGUUAUCAAAAGUGGCAGUCGUAAUCCAAAAAUCAUUCUCGAUAAUCUGGCAGAAAACUAUGCUCUGCGGUGUAAGAAGAGGAAGUGCAGGCAAGAAAUAGUUUCCGCUGACAUCAUCGUCACCUGUAAUUCGUCACCGAGUUGCGUGCUCGAGCGGAAAAGAAGUUUGGAAAAACUGGAUCCCCCAUCUAGGGAAGCAAGGCUCCUCGGGCCCGAAGUGAAAGUCGUUUUGAACGCAGCUCGUAGACUUCGCUACUUGUGCACAAUACCACUCUACUCGCCGCGGUUACUCGGCCCCUUCAUUGCGCUUAAUCCACGAUCGAACGUCGGCUCGAGGAAACACUCCAGGUCAUUGAACAAUGUCUCCCCAACAUUGUUCACCAGAUGUUCGACAUGCAUAAAUACUGGCAGCGUAACACCGUGGAAACCGUUGCGGCGGUACGUUACACUGCAUAAAACGAUGUUUAACGACCGUUACGCCGCAAACGAACCUUAAAAAUCGCUUGAUUCAUCUACGCUCUGAGUUACGUUAGACGAAGUCGAGCGAAGGAACGGUGCUUGCAGUUAA